AUGGCCGACGUAGACGAAGACGCAAUCCCCCGGCCUGGUCUCAAUACUGUGACAGGUGGCGAAGAAGAUGCCGCCCCAGAUGAUGAAGUCGUCGACUACCGCUUUCUCUCCGCCCUCACCAAAGACUCAUCUGCCACGGUUAUCCCCAAACGUGGUGAAAAGGACUUUGAAGAACAUGGCACAGCUUUACAGUCAAAUACUUUGGCAGCAUCUCGUCAAGCCAUGCACAAUGCCCUCGCUCAUGAAAGGAUACACCAACCGAAAACUCACACAAUCGGCCACUAUCACCCUGAGACUAAUACUGCAUAUGCUGUGAACCCCAAAGGGCCUCUUUACCAGAAAAUGGGCCAUGUCAAAGCUGCCAAGGAUGAUCCACUAGGAAGCGAGGAGAGAGGCCAGAGAUUGUGGCUCUUGCCGGAGGAGGUGCUGUAUCUUAUCGAAAGAGGCACUCUGGACGUGCGGUGGCCGCCAGUUGAUGGAGAGGACGAAGGAGUGCCGAUGAGUCUACAGGGCGCUUAUGCGAUGUUCGUGGGAGAUGAACAAGUCUUGACUUCGGAGCGGUAUAACGUGUACGCAGCGCUCAAGCGGAUGGGCUAUACGGUCUUGCGGGCUCCAAGCUUCGAAGAUUCUGGCCCAGCACCAGGAAGCUGGUGCUACCCGCCGCCAACGGAUGAGACGUUUAAGCAGGAUCGAUCAUUCAGUGCCUCAGCACUAUGGAAGCUGCUAUAUCGACCACGGACACAGGACAACACUGCACAUCAUGCGACUGGACCGAUCAUACAACCAGGCCUAUACCGCGACUAUGACACAAUCUACCGACGACUCUCCCUGAUCAACUUCCACGACCCAACGUCAGCUACACAACCAGCUGAGCAAGAGCCACCCAACACAGACCCGAACUUCCGCAUAACGUACCACGUCUGGAAACCUGGAUCGACCACUUUCAAGAAGUCCAACCCGGGCACACCAGACUUCAGAAUAGCAGUUGUCAACGCACGUGAGACCACCGCUCCAACUCUCGAACAGCUUAGUGCUUUAAUGAUGACUGCGCCGUGGGAUCCACCCAAGCGAGAAGGCAAGCUGUAUGCUGAGCUCAAGCAUGGCUACAAGAAUGUCAUUCUCGCGGUGGUGGACCAAGGCAUCACCAGCUAUUUGCGCAUUGCGGACGCUGCGUUCGGUCUUGACAAGGUUUAUGAGCGUCGGAGUCAAGCUAGUGGCAAGCGCGGUGGUCGAGGUGGAGGUAGAGGAGGUCGCGGUCGUGGUCGAGGUCGUGGACGUUGA